UGAGCCCCCAGCGCCCCGGGGACCGCCAUCCCCAGGGUGCCCAGAACCGCCACCCUCCCACCACUCCGCCGGGGCCUUCAGCCUCGGCCUCCUUCCUUCCUCCUCCUCCCCCGCCUCCUCCUCCUCCUCCCCCCACCCCGCAGCCAGCGCCCUCCCUCCCUCCUUCCCUAGGGCCUGCCUGGCAUGGAGGUGCUGGCCGCGGGGAGCCGGAUGCUUCCCGCGGGCUGCAUCCCCCGUGCCCCGCAUCCCUGUGCCCGCAUCCCCCGUGCCCCGCGUCCCCCCGCCCCGGCACAGCCCUGAGCCGCUCGGCAGCCGCCUCCUUUGUGCGGCGGAGCGGCUGUGCGGGCUCCGUCCCCCUCCGCACCCCCCGGCUCGGGGGUGGCCCGCGGGCGAGCGGGAGAGAUGCUGCCCUCGCCGGAGGAGCCCAGCGCGGCAGGUCGGCGGCCAGAAGCAGCGCCCAGCGCCGCUCGAUGCUGACACCCCUCCAGGACUGCCGGAUCCCCCGCGCUCCAUCCCGGGCUGUCCCCACGCCAUGUCCCAGCGGAGCCGCCACCCCUCUGCCGGGGGCUGCCCGGCCGGCCCCGCGCGUCCCCGGAGCCUCGGCGCCGCGCCAUGAGCGGGGCCCCGCGCGUGCCCCGCGCCGGGGAGCAGAGCUGAGGGAUGGCCUCGCUGGACCUGCCCUACCGCUGCCCGCGCUGCGGCGAGCACAAGCGCUUCCGCAGCCUGUCCUCGCUGCGCGCACACCUGGAGUACAACCACACCUAUGAGACCCUCUACGUGCUCUCCAAGACCAACAGCAUCUGCGACGCCACCGUGUUCCCGCUGGCCGCCGACGGGGCCCUGCUGGCCCCGGCCGCCCGCAGGGACUACUUUGAGAGCACCUCCUUCCAGGGCAAGGACCAGCGCUUCUCCUGCGACCUGGUCCCCGCCGACGAGCUGGAGCCGGCCCCGUCCUCGUCGCCCUCGCCCCGCUAUGUCCACGAGAUCGAGAUCCCGCUGACCGAGAUCUUCACGCGGGGCAAGGCCGUGGCGCCCGCGCCCGUCCCGCCGGCCGCCAUGGACUCGGCCUACGAGGAGGGCCUGGCCCGCCUCAAGAUCCGCGCCUUCGAGAAGCUGGAGGUGGACAAGAGGCUGGAGAAGCUGACGGAGGAGGUGGAGCAGAAGAUCGCCUCGCAGGUGGGCCGGCUCCAGGUGGAGCUGGACCGCAAGAGCUCGGAGCUGGAGAAGGCCAAGCAGGAGAGCCUGCGGCUGAGCCGGGAGAAGCAGGAGCUGGAGGACCGGGCGUCGGAGCUGUCCCGCCAGGUGGACGUCAGCGUGGAGAUGCUGGCGUCCCUCAAGCAGGACCUGGUGCAGAAGGAGCAGGAGCUCACCCGGAAGCAGCAGGAGGUGCUGCAGAUCGAUCAGUUCCUGAAGGAGACGGCGGCGCGCGAGGCCAACGCCAAGGUGCGGCUGCAGCACUUCAUCGAGGAGCUGCUGGACCGCGCCGACCGCGCCGAGAAGCAGCUCCAGAUCAUCAGCAGCAGCUGCGGCACCACCCCCAACGGCAGCCUGGGACGCUGCGGCACCCCGGCCACCAAGGCCAUCGCCAGAGCGGUACCUCUGCGGGCACAGAGAGAGCGGCACCCGGGGCCGGGGGUGGCCGCGCACGGUCCCUACGGCGUAUCCAACCAGCGCUCCUCCUCCAGCACCGGGGCCUCGAGCCGGGCCAAGGCCGUGUCGCAGAGCUCGGGCUGCUACGACAGCGACAGCGCGGAGCCGUGUCCCACGGACGACACGGCCGAGGGACACCCGUACGCGGCGCGGGACGCGCGGGGCUCGGGGCUGCGCCGCCAGGCCAUCCAGAACUGGCACCGCCGGCCCUACCGCAACAGCACCGAGGGCGAGGAGGGCGACGUGUCCGACGUGGGCUCCCGCACCACCGAGUCGGAGGCCGAGGGCUGGGAGCCCGAGGCGCCGGGAUCCGCCGCGUCCCGACCCCCCGGCGGCUGCCGCCUGACGGUGGCCACCGACGCCGGGUGUCCCACGGCCAGGCCCGAGGGGGCCGGGGGCAAGGUGUGCCGGCUGGAGCGGGGCAGCCCGGGCCACUCCAGCGAGGUCAUCAGCCCCGAGAUCCUCAAGAUGCGGGCGGCUCUCUUCUGCAUCUUCACCUACCUGGACACCAAGACCCUGCUGCGCGCGGCCGAGGUGUGCAAGGACUGGAAGUUCGUGGCCCGACACCCGGCCGUGUGGACACGGGUGCUGCUGGAGAACGCCAGGGUCUCCUCCAAGUUCCUGGCCAUGCUGUCCCAGUGGUGCACCCAGAUGCAUUCCCUCACCCUCCAAAACCUGAAGCCGCGCCAGCGGGGCAAGAAGGAGAGCAAGGAGGAUUACAUGAAGAGCACACGGGGCUGCCUGGAAGCGGGGCUGGAGUCCCUGCUGAAGGCGACGGGCAGCAACCUGCUGAUCCUGCGCAUCUCGCACUGCCCCAACGUGCUGACCGACCGCUCGCUCUGGCUGGCCAGCUGCUACUGCCGGGCCCUGCAGGCCGUCACCUACCGGAGCUCCACGGACCCCGUGGGCCAUGAAGUGAUCUGGGCCCUUGGAGCAGGCUGCAGGGACAUCAUCUCCCUGCAGGUCGCACCUCUGCAUCCCUGCCAGCAGCCGACGCGCUUCAGCAACCGCUGCCUGCAGAUGAUCGGGCGCUGCUGGCCCCACCUGCGGGCGCUGGGCGUCGGAGGGGCCGGCUGCGGCGUGCAGGGCCUGGCCUCCCUAGCCCGGAACUGCAUGAGGCUGCAGGUGCUGGAGCUGGACCACGUGGCCGAGAUCAACCAGGAGGUGGCUGCCGAGGUGUGCCGGGAGGGGCUCAAGGGGCUGGAGAUGCUGGUGCUGACGUCCACACCGGUGACCCCCAAAGCCCUGCUGCACUUCAACAGUGUGUGCCGCAACCUGAAGUCCAUCGUGGUGCAGGUGGGGAUUGUGGACUACUUCAAGGAGCCCCACAGCCCCGAGGCCAGGAAGAUGUUUGAAGAAAUGGUGAACAAACUCCAGGCCCUGAGGAAAAGACCCGGCUUCUCCAAGAUCUUACACAUCAAGGUGGAAGGAGGCUGCUAGCCCUUCAGGGACCCCAAAGCACAUUCCCUGCUCUGGAGCCCGAGGCCCUGAGAGCAAACCCAGGGCACCCCCGGCUUGGGCACCAGGAACCCCAAACUCUCCAGGCCUCCGGGACCGGCGGCCGGGGCUGGCCCGGGGCCGCUCGCGGGCGAGAAGGUGCUACUUAAGGACAAAUUUUGGCUGCCCCGAGAGCCAGGGCUCUUUCCCAGGAGGGAAGAUGGCUUUGAAGGCCAAGGCUGCGUGUUUGGGGGUGGCUGUGAACUCUGUCUGGGGCUCUCUGAGUGCCGGAGGAUGCCCGGCCCGGCCGGGGGCUCCUGGCUGGGCUCGGCCCCUGCAGCCCCAGCCUGUCCAUGGGGUGGGAAGGGGCUGCUCCUCCCCCAGCAUUCCCGCAGGGUUUCCACUCCUUUUCAUUUGGGGUUUGACAGAGGGGUGCCCAAACCCGGGGAAACGCCCCCAGGAACCAGCAGCCACCACAGCACAAGCCCAGGAGCAGAGCUGCACCCCGGGGGCUCUGGGAGCCAGAGGACACCAGGAGAGAUGGGAGCUCUUCCAGAGGUCUCCAGCCUCACUUCCUCUCCACCAAAACCCUCCUGCCAAGGCAAUAAACCGUCUCCAAAAUCCUCAUCCACCGGGAAACGGGUCACGCUCCUGUCCCCACCAUCCACACCCGGACUCCAUCCGGGGUCAGUUGUCCCAUGUGGAGAGAGAGACUGUCACGGGACACCCACGUUUGCCUUCCCGAGCGGCCUGAAGGAGAAACCCUGGCCAGAUUAUCCUGAAAUUAUCCUGGGAAAAGCACCGACCAACAGCCCUGGCUGACCCUUAUCUACAGCCACCAUUUUCUAAAUCUGAUUUUUCUUCUGAGUGUCCUCAGCCUGCAAGGACAUCAUCGUCCCCAAAAUAUCCUUUUGCCAUGGGAAAAGGCUUUGGAAAGGCAUCCAGCAGGGUCAAGCAUCUCCAUCCUCCGCCCUGGGGAGAGGGUACCAGGAGGUGGCCCCAGAACUGGGGACACCCAUCAGAGCACUGCCAGCAGUGGGGACACCCCAGCCUUGGGCCCACGGGGCUGAGCGGAGAGGAAGCGACUGGGAAAGUGGAUUUGGGGCUUUUCCCUCUUCUCUGGGCCAGCGCUGGAGGUUUUGGUGCCUGCUGGCCAGUGUGGCUGUGAGGGGACGCCUCGCAGAGCCCGUCCCCUCCCCAGCCCUCCUGGAGCCAUGGGCUCACGUGGAGCGUUCCCCGGGAGGGGCCGGGCUGCAGAUCCAGCCCCACGGCCCUCACCUACGGCACGAGAGCUGCUGACCUCAGCUGGGGCUGCCACAGAGCCCGUGGGGAUCCCCAGGGCAAGGAAAAUCACCCCCAGAUGGCCGAGGCUGGUGUGGCUCUGGAGGCAGCUCCCGCAUCUCCAACCCCACCUCGAGACCCUUCAGCCACCCUUCAUCCCACCUGCGCUGUCUGCUCUGAAACAGGGCCGGGGUUUUGUGGCCCUGCUCCCCCUCCCAUGCAGCUUUCCAGGAGAAUGCACAAAAUGUGGGAGCCUGAAAAUGCCUGCGAGAAGCUCCUGCACCCACCACGUCCCACGGAUGAGCUCCCGGCAGCGGGGCCAGCUCCCUGCCAUGCCCACCGUGGGUUUACCUCCACCCCGGGGAGCCUGGGACACUCCUAAUCCAGGGGCAAAGGAGCAAGGGAUGCCCCGACCAGCAAAAAACCACCCAGCAGAGCCACCACGCCCGGGGACCAUCGGGCCCCAGGCAGGAGCGUGGCCCAGUGGAGAUGGCACCACCUCAGUGCCGGGACUUGUGGAAUUCCCUUAAAAAACAAAAACAAAACAAAGUACGUAUUUAUUUCUAUAAAGAGAAGAAGGAAAAAAAAAAAAAGAUUUUAAAGGAAAAUUAUAUACUCAGCAUGUUCAUACACUCUAUGCUUAAAUACUCUCGUGGCCCAGAGUGGUGGCCCAAGCCUGGAGGUGGCUGCUCCGGGUUUGCCGGUGCCUGGAGCCUCUCCCGGCUCCUCGGGCCGUGGGGAAGGUGAGGAUGAGGUGAUGGAAAGAAGGGAGGUGUGAGGACUCUCAGAGAAGCCUUCUGUGCCAGAGGGGUCAGUGGCUGCGUGUGUGGUGGCUCUGUGACAUCCCCACCCCUCCGCUGGCUUUGGAAGCCACGGCAGGACCCUCACCUGGACUCGGUGCUUUGGGGCAUCCCCAAGACAGAUCAAACUGCCACCUCUCCUUGGGGCAUUCCCCAAAAACCCAGCUCAGCAAAGCCACCUUUUUACAAAAAUCCUCUGAUGACACAAGACCUUGAGCGGGUUCAAGGAUUAGAAGAUGGAAAGUGGGGGUUUCUCCCUGUUUGGCUUGGGCUUGAAUGGAUCCCUUCCUCAUCCUCCUCCUCCUCGGCUGGGGAUGAAGGCGGCUGGCACAGUGACAGGAGUGGUGGGAAGGAGGGCCCUCCUGGUGGCUCCUAAUUGCCCAGCUUGUUAACGAGCUCAUUAACGGCUCUGAAAUGUCAGAGGGAUCCUGCCCCUGCUGCUUUCUCUGCCCUGUCCCGCAGGAGUGUGGCCCCCCAAGGCCCCAUCCCCGCGGGAUCCCCGGCCAGGCUGUCCCUGGAUUCCCCCCUGGCUCACGGAGCCUCAGCCCCAUUUCCUCUGGAAGUGAUGGGAACGCCCAGAAAUGCCGAAUUUCCUGGGAAAGCCUUCAAGCCACACAGCACGUUCAGCUCAGCCCCUGAGGAGAAGUGCCAGAGGGGCUCUGCGAUGACAAUCCCAGUAAAAUCCACGGAGCCGGGGAGAGGAUUGGGGUCCCGGCGAUGGCAGAGCUGGCAGGGCUGGAUGGACGGUGGCUCCGAGCCUGGCUCCUGCAGGACACUUCUGGGGAGAUUUAUUCCUUUUCUAAGGCGUUUUCCCAAAGUUUCCCCAUGGCUGACGUUGCCAGCAUCUCCCUUCAGCUGAGUUUGGGCGCUGGUCAGGGAUUUCAAGAGGAACAUCACCAAAGGCAGCUCGGGGGCCAAAGCCAUCCCAAAUCCUGUUUCUGUGUCUCCCUCGUGUUGGAUUUCACUCCUCCUCAUCUCUCCAAGCCCCAGGAGCUGUGGGGAUCAGGGGCCUCCUCCUGCCUUAUCCCUCUGCCUUGGGGCUCCGGGGUGUCAGGGACUGAGGGAAAAGGGAGCCCCAGGCUGGCUCUGCCCCACGAGGAUUUUAAACCUCUUUGUCCCUCUUCUUGCCGUGUGUUCUGGUCCCUGCUGCCACCAAGGGCACGGCCAUGGCAGGGGCUUGUCUGGAUCCCCCAAAAGAGCCUGGAUUUAGGGAAAACAGAACAAAAACAAACCCAGGAGAAGUGUUGGUAAUGGCUCCUAAAGUGGUUAACAAUGUUUUCCUUCAGCUUUUAGGGGAGGCCCCAGCCCAGGAGCUGGAGCAUUGCUUCAGCCUCAUUUUGGGGUGAGAAACAGCAGGUUGGGGUGGAGCAAAAGCAUUUGGGAAUUGGUGCCAAAUGAGAAAGUGCUUUAAAAGGGAAAAGAUCCCAGGGAGCAGGGGGAUUUUGGGAAGCAGAGGUGGUUUGUUGUGGCCGAAGCAUUGCAGGGUGUUGUGAGGUGGUGAUGGACCUUCCCCAUCAGCGGGAGGCAAAAUAAUCCCUGGGGAGGGUGGGAGAGCACUGAGGAAAAGCUGCUGCAGCAGCGAGGAGGGAAAACUGCCCAAAAGCGAGGGAAAAAAAAGGGAUUUUCUAAUGCAGCCUCGGGAUUCAGCCCCAGGGAGGGCAACGAGGCAGGUUGGGGCCGGGGACAAGUGGGUGCAAUGGUGCGGGGCAGUUUUUGGGAUGCAAGAGGUAAUGCACAGUUGCUUCGAGAUAAUCAGAGGAGAUAAUCAGUGCAGAGAAGAGAGAUAUAUAAAUCAGGAACUGGACUCAAUCCCUACAGCCCUGGACGGCAGCGGUGUACAGCGACCUCCCCUCCCCAGAGGUUCCCGUGGCCUCCCAAGUUAUUUUUUUAACUCUCUAUAAAUUUAGGUCUAUUUUAGUCUUUCCGCAGCGAUGUGCCAGUGUCUGGAGAACCAAACGUCCCUUUCUGCCCCCGCCCCGUGGUCCCCUGAUGCUAACCCGGGCCCUGGUGCGAGACCUGCCGGAGCAGCCCUGGAGGGGAGCGCUGGGAUGGGGCAGGGCAGGACCUGGGGCUCGGGGGAGCAGGCCCAGCUCCGGCCAGCAGUCCGUGGUUUUAGCACUUUGGUUGGAACUCUCACCUGUAGACGCACUUUGAUGUUGUUGCUUUGAACCUUUGGCAAGUGUAAACAAUGUGUAUUUAAAGAAUUGCAGAGAAACGAGCCCCAGCGAAGCGUGUAAAGAGCUAUUUUAUGAUUCAGUGUUGAAUAAAGACUCUGGAGAUCGA